AUUCCUUUUGCCAUCUUUUCAGUUCUAUGUCUUCUCUUGCCUCUGAGGACACCUCCCUGGGGUCAAGGACUGAGGUGUGGCCAGCCAAGAAGAAGAAGAGAAAGAAGAAAUACCUGGAAACCAGUAUCCAGACCCUCACCCAAGCUGGGCAUGGGGCCCUGAAGGAUGGCCAAAUUAAUGAAGCCUUGGAUAACUUUCAUCGAGCCUUUCUUCUGGCCUUGGAAACCCAGGGAAGCAGGGAUACCACACUCCUCCGGGCCUGUGCCUUCAACCUUGGAGCAGCCUAUGUGGAGACUGGGGACCCUGUCCGGGGCCUCAGGCUAUUUCUCUGGGCCAAGCCAGAGCAAAAAGCCAAGGGCGUGUGCCACGGUGACCAGUGCUUCAAUGUGGCCUCAGCCUACCAUGCUUUGGGUGAUUUACCUCAAGCCUUGGCAUGGUACCACAAAGCCUUGGGCCACUAUCAGCCCUCGGGGGACCAAGGAGGAACCCAGGAGAAGAUGGCAGUUUGUUACCAGGCCCUGGGGCACCUGGGGCAAGCAGCCCACUGCCUUCAGGAGGCAAGCCAAGCUUAUACCCGGGCAGGGAGACCCUGGGCUGCAGCCCUAGCAUUGAGAGCUGCCAGUGGAUGCAUGCUUAAGAGCGGACAUCACAAAGUGGGAGAAGUGGUACAGUUGCUGGAGGAUUGCCGGAGGCUGGCAGAGAAGAGUACCCAUCGGGGGCUUCUGGGGAAGCUUUAUAAUGACCUUGGCCUGAGUUAUUCCCAGCUUCAUCUGUUCCCGUUGGCCGCUGAGAGCUUCCUUCAGGCUCUGCCUCUGUGUCCGGAGCCAAGAGCCAAGGCCAUUGUGAUACAGAAUCUCGGUGCUGCCCACAAUGCCCUUGGGAACUUCUGGGAGGCGCAGGAGCUCCACCAGAAAGCUGCUGCCCUGUACGGAUCUGCUGGACGGCGGCAGGAGCAGGGAGAGUGCUUUGGGGGCCUAGCAUUUGCCCUAAGUCAGUUGGGGGAACAUGAGGCUGCCAGGGACAACUACCUUCAUGCCCUCCAGGCUGCACAGGAUGCUGGGGAUGUGAAGGGACAAUGGCAAGCUCUGGAGGGGCUGGGGGCUGCUGCUGCCUGUCUGGGACAGCCUGACCAGGCUGUGAGGCGCUACAAGGAAGCACUGGCGUUACUAGUACAAUGCCAGGAAGAACCCUCCUCAAUUUGGGAGAGGCUGGUGGCCAAGCUGGCAGAUGCGAUGAGGAAUUACUUGGCCCUAAAAGGCCUGGACCCUGAUCCCUCCCUGCCACUGACCCGGGUGAGGCAACAGGCUAUGAAUAGAGACCCUUACUCUAAGCCCUCCUUCCAGAUUCCAGUGGGUCAGGCCCAGGGCCCAGUACAAAGCAGAUCAGCUGCUGCGUGGGAGGAAGAGGAGGAGGUGACAGUCAAUCUUCCCAUGAAAUCACCCAAAUGGAGACUGGAUCGUGUCCUCAAAGGUGAUAAGCCCAGCAUCCUGGCCUCCGAAGGGCUCCAAGCCAAUAGCAACUGUAAUAACCCAAGGCCAGUCAAGGUGCCGCUAGUGAGGCUUUGCCCGAUCCAUUCCCAGCCCCCAGGGGAGAGACGGGAAACAGACCCUGUAGAAUCUGGAGCCCAGAACCUCAAAACCACCGAUGCAAGGUGGCCUGGGGUACAGGGAAGAUGGUCUGAAGGACCCCCGACCACUGUCGGCAGGAAGGGCUGCAGGAGGCCAACCAGGUCCAGCUUCUGCAUGGUCAUGUGACCCUCGCCCCCCUGCAUCUC